AUGGAACGCAACCCCGAACUCAUCCAGGGCCCCGACAUGGCGCGCGAGAACGGGCCCUCCUCUGCCCCCCGCGCCCCGCUCUUCCUCAUCCACGACGGCGGCGGCACAACCUUUGCCUACCACUGCCUGGAACCCCUGCGCCGCCCGCUCUACGGCAUCUCCAACCCCCGCUACCACACGGGCGGAACCUUUGAAGGCGGCAUGCGCGGCAUGGGCCGGCUGUACGCAUCCAUGAUCCGCAAGACCUGCAGCGAACCGAGCUUCCCAGCGGGGAAACUCGAUCUAGAUGGCCGCGUGCCCGUCCUCAUUGGCGGGUGGAGCAUGGGCGGCCUCGUCGCGAUCGAAGUCGCCAAGGCGCUGACGGGCGAUCGACACGUUCGCGUCGUCGGUGUCCUGCUCAUCGAGACCAUGUACCCCGUGCAUGCGCGCGCGCCCACAGAAGUCUACGACGAGACCCUCGAGCACCUGCAGGACGUCCUCUCCAAGGCCUCGGGCAACGCGGCUCUCUCGAUCCGCGCCAUGCACGACUCGCUCGUCGCCAUUCGCGACUGGACGCCGCCCGUGUGGAAGGGCGCGCAGGCUGCGCUGCGCCCGCGAUUCUCGCUUCUACGUGCUGUCAGUCCGAUGCCCACGACGCCUGGGAGCAAGCAUCGGCAUUUGACUGAUAUGGAUCGGCAUGAUAGGCGGCUCGGCUGGGAUCGGUAUGAGGCGGGGCUGUUUACGGAGACGGUGGAUGUCAAGGGGAAUCAUUUUGAUAUGUUUUCGUUCAAGCACAUCGAGGGGGUUUCGACGGCGAUUCGGAGGUGUUGCGAUACGUUUGAGAAGAUGGGGGCUGCUUGA